CCUGCACGGACCGCGCGCCGCGAGCAGCCAGGGAAGCGGCUCCAAGUCCUGGCUUGCGAGCAGAGGCUCCGCUCCGCGCUGUGAGAGACGCGGAGCGCCAGGGCCGGGAGCCGGCCGAGCUCAGUGUCAGUGGGACCGGUGUCCCCACCCCAGGACUCUCUCGUGGAGCCGAGCCCGGCCAAUGGCCGCAUGAGGAAGAAGAGCAGGGAAAUGGACUGCUAUUUGCGCCGCCUCAAACAGGAGCUGAUGUCCAUGAAGGAAGUGGGUGAUGGCUUGCAGGAUCAGAUGAACUGCAUGAUGGGGGCGCUGCAAGAGCUGAAGCUCCUGCAGGUGCAGACGGCACUGGAGCAGCUGGACAUCUCCGGAGGGGGUCCCGCCCCAGGCUGCCCGGAAAGCCCCCGGACACAGCCCGAGCCCCCUCAGUGGGAGGGUGGCAGCCAUCCCGCCAGGCCCGAGGCCUGCUCCCCCUCCACCCAACCUUCUCUUGGCAGCAGCACCAAGUUUCCAUCGCAUAGGAGUGUGUGGGGGAGGGACCUGGCUCCCCUACCCGGGACACAGCUGUCACAGCACCAGAGCUGUGCCCAGCAGGGGCCGGAGCUGGUGGAACCGGAUGACUGGCCCUCCACGUUGAUGUCCCAGGGCCGGAACCGACAGCCUCUGGUGUUAGGUGACAACAUUUUUGCGGACCUGGUGGGCAACUGGCUGGACUUGCCAGAACUAGAGAAGGGUGGGGAGAAGGGUGAGACCGGGCAGGUCGGGGAGUCCAGAGAAGGGAGGAGCCCACCGAGGGAGCUAGGCCGCAGGUUUGCCCUGACAGCCAACAUCUUUAGGAAGUUCUUGCGGAGUGUGCGGCCUGACCGUGACCGGCUGCUAAAGGAGAAACCAGGCUGGGUGACACCCACAGCCUCUGAGCCCCGAGCUGGACGGUCGCAAAAGGUCAAGAAGCGGAGCCAUUCCAAGGGCUCUGGACACUGCCCCUUCCCAGGCGCCGCGGAGCCCAGACGAGGGGAGAGUCCUUCCACCGGCUGCCCCAAGGCCCUGGAGUCCUCACCCCCUGGCUUUGAUAUUAACACAGCUGUUUGGGUCUGAAUCCUAGAGACAGAAAUUUGACUGAACCCCAAAGGGCCAGGUCCCAAUGCUGGGCCCCUGGGAAAGAGGUCGGGCAGGUGGUGUGGCUUUUAAAAGCCUAACUCCAAGUCCCUUCCCCCCAGAAAGGAGGGAGAAGCAAGAGGGUCUGGAGCAGGCCUGGCAGGUGUGUAGCUAGGAGAGACUGUGGCUGGGGCUGGCUGGUGGGGGAGGUGAGAGUUCCUGGACAGAGAGGAGAGAGAGAAUGUGCCUGUGUGUGUGUGUGUGCGUGCGUGCUGCUCACUUUGGGGCUGGUGGUGACAGCAGGGGAGGGGCAGGGGAGGAGACCAGGACAUCCUUCUGACAUUCCUUCGCUGUCCCCAAAGACUUCAGUUGCACAUUCUGUGUGGAUUAGGGCACUGGGGCCUCAGGUUUGCCAGAUAUGCCCCCAAUAGAGACCUUGUCUCUUGUGUCCCCAACCUUA